AAUAAAAUAUUUUCCACCUAAAAAAAUGUUAAAGCUUUUAAGACAAAGACUCUCUCUCAGAAACACACACAGAGACACAGAAACAGAGAGGAGUCAGGUGAGGAUGAUGGUGCAGUUGGUGUUAUUGUACAAAGCCCCACUCCUGCACGCUUCGCUCUCCCUCUUCCUCGCGUUCUUCAUCGCAUUCUUCAGGCUCCCAAUUCUCUUCCUUUACGCUCUCCAAACCUACAUCCACCCCGAUGCCCAACCCUCCACCUCCAACGGCCUUCGUGCUGCCAUUCGCCGCCCUAGCGCCCCCGAAGGCCCUGCUCCCGACCUCAGAAAGCGGUCCAAGAAUAAGGACAAGCUCGAUUUCGACGAGAAGAAUGCCCAGAUCUUCAGGCUCAGGCUCGACCAUGCUCACCUUCAAUCCCGCCUCUACAUCGAUCAAUACUGCGUUGCGUUCACCGUCUCCUUCGUUACCCUCUCUUCCCUCUUCCUUCACUCUUACUUGGGUUCCGAUACCAAUUCUGGCUUCUUCGUGAGUGGUGCUUUCGUUCCGAUUCUGUUGUCAAGUUUGAGCCUUUACAUGUGGGUCAUGAUGCUUGCGAGGCUCACUUUCGAGAGAUCCGCGUCCAGGAGAUCCGAGAAGCAGCUCAGUGUUCUUUUUGGUAUUUUCGGGAUUUUUGUGGGGAUUUUGGGUUUGGAUCACACCUCUUCGUUGCUUUUAGACCUCCAUUUUGCUGGUCUUGAUGGGUUCUGGAAGGUUCUCUUUGCUUUAUUUAUGAAAUUUCUUUCAUUGGUGUUGUUCAUUUCUGCUGCUAGAAUUGCACGUUCCUUUUGGCUUGGAACUGAUCAGAUUCGUUGCAAUUUGUCCAUGAUCACUUGUGGAUGGUUUGGUCGCACCAUCCUUUACGCAAACCAACUGUUUGUUAUAUUUACUGCUUUGAUUUGGAUUAAGCCUUUAGCUGAGAUUUUCGUGAACAACUCAAACUUCAACAAUAACAAUAGUAAGGGUGGCAGUGAAGUUGGCAAUGCAGAGAAAUUGUUGGGAAACUUGGGGUUUUCACCUUCUGAUUUCGGGAACUUUAGGUGGUGGUGCUUGUUUGGGUCUAGUUUGUUGCAGAUUGUGGCAUUAAGGCCAAGCCUUCAGAUGUAUCUGAAUGAAGCUCUUUUAUCUUGGUACCAAAGGCUCCAUGCUAGUAAGGUUCCUGACUUGGAUUAUAGCAGGGCAAAGAUGUUUCUGCAUAAUCACUACUUGUGCCUUGUGGUUUUGCAGUUCCUUGGCCCACCUGUGCUGGUACUUCUCUUUCUUGGGUUAUCUCAGAUUGAUGUUCCUUCUAUUGCAAACCUCCCAUUAUUGAGUGAUUUACUUCCUAGCUCUACAUUAGUCAAGGGAGUUGCUUUGUUUUUGUCGUGGUGGAUAACCUUCCUUUAUGCAAUAUUCUCUUCAGUGAUGCUUCUGCUUCAUCGCCAUUGUGUGUUAUACAUUUCUUGAGCCCUUUUGUUUUGUUGAGGGCGUUUUCCCUUGGGCCUUUCGGUGAGCCUUUCAUUGUAAGUUGAAUACACUUUCAUAGAGUUUUUCAGCGGAGUGUUGAAUUUAUAGCUGAAGUUUUGUAGCUUA